UUUGACAUUUAGGCGGUUAUUUGUGGAGAACUAAUGACCUUGUUUAUCCGGAGAUGUGUUUUCAAUCUUUCUCCCCUAGUUGAGGUUUCAGCUGCACAGCUGCAUUUGGGACACUACAAUUCAAAAUAUAAACUAGUUGUUGAUCCUCAUAAAGAGGAUACUAUUAAAAGUGGUUUUGAGAAUGUGACGAGAUGGCUUAUAGUAGCAGAUAUAUUGAGAGGUCUACGGUUAACCCUUGGUAUGGUGUUUAAGGAGCCUGCAACUUUAAACUACCCUUUCGAGAAGGGUCCUCUCAGUCCAAGAUUUCGUGGUGAGCAUGCUUUACGUAGGUACCCUAGUGGUGAAGAACGGUGUAUCGCUUGCAAACUUUGCGAAGCUAUAUGUCCAGCUCAAGCAAUCACUAUUGAGGCUGAGCCAAGAGCUGAUGGGAGUAGAAGGACAACUAGAUAUGAUAUUGAUAUGACCAAGUGCAUCUACUGCGGAUUUUGCCAGGAAGCGUGUCCAGUAGACGCCAUCGUAGAGGGACCGAACUUCGAAUAUUCUACUGAAACACAUGAAGAAUUACUGUAUAAUAAAGAAAAAUUGCUGCAAAAUGGUGAUAGAUGGGAAGUCGAAAUCUCAGAAAACCUAAAAGCAGAUUAUGUGUAUCGAUGAAGUAUCAUUUCGUUCAUUUGGUUUGUAAAUGAUUUAAUUCACAGGAUCUAUGCACUACUAAUUUCAUAUUUAAACAACCAAUAUCAACUUUUCUCAUAUGUUAGAUUGUUAACGAAUUCAAGACAGCUGGUUAUUCCUAGGUACAUUGAUUUAGAAUAAAAUAGAGCUUUUGGCUUUGUCCUA